AUGGUUAGCCAAAACCGACCAUUCCAUGUAUUCUUGUUCCCUUUCAUGGCUCAUGGCCACAUGAUACCAGUCUCAGACAUGGCCAAGCUAUUGGCAGCUCAAGGAGUGGAGACAACCAUAAUCACAACCCCUCUAAACGCCCCAACAUUCUCUAAAGCCACCCGAUCUAGAAAAACCAACUCCGGCGGCUGCGGCAUCGAAAUCAAAAUCAAAACCAUCAAGUUCCCUUCUCAAGAGGCUGGGCUGCCAGAAGGGUGUGAGAAUCCGGACUCACUCCCCACACCAGAAUUAGCCAGUAAUUUCUUCAAAGCAGUGGGCUUGCUCCAAGCACCACUCGAACAGCUUCUGCUUGAAGACCAGCCAACUUGCCUUGUGGCGGACAUGUUUUUCCCUUGGGCAACUGAUGCCGCUGCAAAAUUUGGCAUUCCAAGGCUGGUUUUUCAUGGGACUAGUUUCUUUUCCUUGGCUGCAUCAGAUUGUGUGAGGCGAUAUGAGCCUUUCAAGAACACUUCAUCUGAUUCAGAACCCUUUGUGAUUCCCAAUUUUCCAGGGGAGAUCAAGAUGACAAGAGCCCAGGUGCCUGAUUUUGUUAAAUACAAUAUUGAAAAUGACUUGACCCCGUUGAUAGAACAGGCUAAGGAAGCUGAGGAGAGGAGCUAUGGGAUUGUUGUCAACAGUUUCUAUGAGCUUGAAUCAGUUUAUGCGGAUUAUUUCAGAAAGGUAUUGGGGAGGAAGGCAUGGCAUAUUGGUCCUCUUUCUCUGUGCAACAGGGACAAUGAAGAAAAAGCAUACAGAGGAAAGGAAGCCUCCAUUGAUGAGCAUGAAUGUUUGAAGUGGCUUGAUUCAAAGAAACCCAAUUCAGUGGUCUAUGUUUGCUUUGGGAGUGUGGCUAAGUUCAACAAUUCUCAGCUAAAAGAGAUUGCAAUUGGCCUUGAAGCCUCUGGGGUGGAGUUCAUUUGGGUUGUGAGGAAAGGCAAAGAUGAUUGUGAUGUGGGCAAAGAGGAUUGGUUGCCUGAAGGGUUUGAAGAGAUGAUGGAAGGAAAAGGGCUAAUCAUAAGAGGGUGGGCUUCACAAGUCCUGAUUCUUGAUCAUGCGGCUGUUGGGGCUUUUGUGACUCAUUGUGGAUGGAAUUCAACAUUGGAAGGAAUUGCCGCUGGGCUGCCUAUGGUGACAUGGCCGGUGUCUGCAGAGCAAUUUUACAAUGAGAAGUUGGUGACCCAAGUGCUGAAAAUUGGAGUUGGUGUUGGUGCUCAGAAGUGGUGCAUUAAAGUUGUGGGGGAUAUUGUAAAGAGGGAAGCUAUUGAGAAAGCGGUGACUCAGAUUAUGGUGGGUGAAGAAGCAGAGGAAAUGAGAAGCAGAGCCAAGGGACUAGCAAAGCAGGCAAGAAGGGCUAUUGAAAAGGGAGGUUCAUCACAUUCUGAUUUGAAUGCUCUCAUUGGAGAGUUGAGUUCCCAUAGGUAA